UACACAGAAGCUUCAGAUACCGGGCGCACCCUCGUCUCAUCAGCCAGCACCUUCCACAAUUUGAGCCCAACUUAUGACUUGACGUGUUGUUUCCAUCUCAAACAUUCUCAGGCAGGCGCAUUUUAUCAUCAGUUAGCAGAAAGCAUAAUUAAUUAUACUUGAAAACUCACCAGCCUCGUACAUUUAUUCGCACACAUCAGACCUCCAAACUUCAUCAACUCUCCCAACAAAUUCGAAUUUACAUACUUCAAGCUAAGGCUUAGAAAGGUGGACAUAAUGGAUUUUUACAUAUCAUUCGCCUUCAUUUUUACCUGCCUCGCACUGGCAGUGCCUUUCUCCGAGUCGGAGAAGGAUAUCGUUCACAGGAAAGUUGGCAUCACAAAGGACGGCCUCGUUGAAAUGCCUCCCUACGCCAACCUAACUUUCCUAGAAAAGCGUGACGAAAUUGAUGAUUGGAAUCAUGACAACCCUGACAAUACCAUUGCCGGUUGGUACGUAUGCCCUGAUUCGCGGGUCUUAGUUACUCUCUUCAACGCCCGGGCUGUUUACCAAGCCUUCCAACGUGGUGUCUGGUACAUGCGACACCCAAAUGAGGAUCAACCACGCUGGAGCGGCCGCGAGUAUCCGCACACGCUCAAUCUCGAUGAUUACUGGGCGCAUCGUGUCGAUGUGGGCAGAGCUGACGGCGAACUCUACAUGUUCCCCCUGGCACCUAACCCGCUCGGCGAGUGGCCGGGUAUUCCAGGCGCCCCCGUAUCAGGUCCACCGGGCAACCACCGCGUGGUCUUCUCCGAGCACGGCAUAUUUGCAGGCGUAGCCACGUUGUACUAUGGUGAACCGGAAGGCACGAGGCUGGUUUGGUGUUACCCGGUCACCCGGUACGGUUCUAGAGAUUUAGGCGCGACACACGAAGGAAAUCCAGGAGUCGAUGAGGCGUGGCGCGACACGUAUGAUGGAUUCCACUAUCUUUCCGCCUAUGAUCCAUCCGGCGGUUCGCAUCCCCCCAAUCCCUCUUAAUGUACCAUGUAGGCGAGGACUCAAUUCGAGGGUCCGGCCACGAGUGCGAAUAUCUCGACGGAGAGGGAAAGUUUAGGAGGUAAUUCAAAAACUGUUUGCUAUUUAUCAAGGGUUAGUACUCUACCACUUCACAGGAACUUAACGCUUCUUUGCAUUCAGA